AUGACGACCCAACCUGCGCCGACGCGCAUCGCUAUGCGCGAUGAACUAUACAACCAGUACUCGUUCAUCCAGAACGCAGCCAUGAGGGCUGGGCUGAACCUCAUCCCCGAUUUCAGCCACAAACAGGAACUGGCGGCCAUCGACUAUGGGUGCUCCCAAGGCAGCAAUUCAGUCGAGCCGAUGCAGAAGACCAUCUCGACACUGCCACAGGGCGCCUCCGCUCAUCUCGUCUUUCAAGACACACCGUACAACGACUUUGCCAGCUUGAACAGAACCGUGGACGAGCACUUUUCGCCUGAAAAGGCUCCAAAGGACGUCCUCGUCACGCUGCACAUAGUGCCCGUCAGCUUCUACCGCCAGGUCAUGCCCACAGCCUUCGCUGACAUUGGCUUCUCCUGGUCAUCGCUCAACUAUCUCGAGUUCCCACUCAACGUACAGCUGGACGCGACCAUGUCCCCCCAAGACAUUGCCACCGCCCGCCACGACGCCGUCGCCGGGGCGGGCGCAGCGGACCUUGUCAAGCUCCUGCGGCUGCGCGCCCGUGAGAUCAAGGCCGGUGGUUAUUUCGUCGCCGCCAUUGGCGGCCAGAAGCCCGAGGCUGGGAGCGACACGCUCGAGCCGUCGGACCCGGGCGUGCAGCCCAUGCAGGCUGGGCUGAUGAAGAUGGUUGCGCUGGGCAAGCUGACUAUGCCGGAGCUCAUGCAGACCGUAUUGUUUCCCUCUCAUGAUCGCACGGUAGAGGAGGUCAAGGCUGGGCUGGACGCCGUGUCCGACCUGUGGCAUGUCGAGCACGUGGAACCCAAGCUCAUCGUUCACCCCGCGUACGAGACGUACCAGGCGUCGGACAAGAGCCCCGAGGCAUUGAGGAAGUACGCAAGCGACUGCAUGGUGAACAUGGUCUCCUCGUCGGGCUGGUUCUGGGUGGACGCGAUGAAGGGGAGUAGGGGUCCAGAGUGGGAUGGCGGUGAUGCGUUCCUGGACGAACUGACAAAGUACAUGAUCGAUGCGUUUGUCGAGAAGUGUCCGGAUCUCAAGUUCCAAAUCUGGUCGAUCAUGCGCGCGCCCGCCCCUCCUCCCCCUCCUCAUCCUCCUCCUCCUCCGCCUGACGACAGGCGGAACAAGGCUACCAACGCCCGCUACGCCUCAACGAGCCGCCGCUAG